AUGGUUUCUCGGUAUCCGAAUCACAGCCAACAGAGAUCUGGAACAUUCUCGCCCGAAUUCGCUCUUGGUCCCCGGCCAUCCAUUACUCCUACACACGGCGGUUUGCUCAGUUCCAGUGCUAGCCCUGGUACCAGCAGCCCAACGUCUGGGACGACUUCCCUGACAAGGAUUGUCAUUGCACAGGUCUAUCUCCUUCUGGGCGCGAUCAAGGACGACAAAGACCGCGCCAAGCGUCAGGUACAGGUUGAACAGCUUCGGAAACUCAUCGAUGAUAACGGGAUGGAGGUCUUUUCGAAAUACUUCUCGCGCCUGGUCGCAAGCAAUGCCUCCCAGAUAUUCCCCGGCGUCAGCCGGUCAGCGUCGAACCAGGGCAACUAUUCGAUACUCGUGACAGAAAUGUCAAAGAUCGCACGAGAGCCCGACCAGGCCGCAAAGAUUGCAGAGUCCAUCGAGACCGGAAGUGAAGACAUCUUUCGUGAUUUUGACCUCUCCACAUUCAUGGAGCACUUCAAACUCGAUGCGCUGGAGAAGACGAUAUUAGCAUUGGCAUUCAAGACGGGCACUCGCUCUGACUUAAAGACCAAAGCUGACGCCAUCUUGUCCACCAACUUCCCUACUUUUGUCAACAUCAUCUCGAGGCCGGACUACGCGCCACACGCGGACUUGAGCCCCUCCUUCAUCGCUGCCAUCGUCGACCGAUACAUCCAGGGCCAUCCUCCGAACUUCAAUGCCAUGGCCAAGUCCGAAUUAAGCCACAAAGUCAAGUCUCGCUGGCCGCCGCCUGAUCAAGCUCCGCCAAUGGAAGUGCUGGCCGCUCUCGAUCUUAUCCGUGUGCUUGGGGAAAAGCAGCCCAACGCAUUGGCUCUCUAUAUACAGCGCACUGGCCCAGAGUUCACCCGUGACGAAGAGACAUGUUACACGUACCUGCAGAAACGUGCAGCGAAUAUCCAGCUGACGGAGGAGCAAGUUUCGGCAGCUCUGACAUACACGACCGUCAGCAUCACGUAUCGCCACAACCCUGCUGCGCUUGUUGCCGCCCUUCGCCGAGUCGUACCCGAAUCGUUCAGCUGGCAAGAGGUUGUAUCGUAUUUUGACCAGCGAGAUGUCAGAGUAUCUUCAGAACAGUUCCUGCGCCUGUAUAAUGCGUUGCUGCCGAUCGCACAAGCCCAGAACGACGAUGCACCAUUUGAUAUACAAUUUCUCUGGGGAGGGGCACACUGGGACAACCCGGAAACUCAGCUCUCUUUCAUCUGCGCAUUUGCGUCUCUGAGCCCGGAGCAGUUGGAUGCCAGCACGAUUCCAAAUUCGCAACCGACCUUCACUCUGGAGGACUACACCGAUGCACCAGCCGAGGUGCGAGACAGAGCGGUGGUUGCAGUCAAGCACCCUCUGGUAUCCGGGCCAGCUCUGGCGGCCAUCUUCCAGGUCGCUCUGCACUCCUUGCAUGCCUCGCAGAGCACGGAGGCAAAGCGGCUCUUCCAGGGUGUAGUGGUGCCCAACCUGGACAUCUUCAUCGUUUCCGCCUUUGGCGUGCCUAAACCCUGGCCGCCAAUGGCUGUGGAAACUCUGAACCCGUUGUUUGAAAGCUUCCUCUACCGCCGUACAGAGAAUUAUGACUUCGUCCUGUACAGCCUGUGGAAGAAGGACAAAUCCUGGGUGAAAGAGAGACUGUCCAAUGCUCAUGCCACAAAACCCAUGGAUCUCGGGAUAAUCGCGGAGCAUGUCAUCAAGCACAACUGGUUGGAUGAACUCGUCUACCUUCCCACUGGGUUCGGCUACGAUCUGGCAGCCUUAGCCCAUGCUGAGGGCUACUUGGACCUCACCGAAUGGGCCCACAACGGCGCACGUGACCCGCGCUCCCUUCUGCACUUCUUGGGCAUCAAAGCGAACCAUGAGUUGCAGUAUCAACGCUCCUCGGACGACGAGCCAGUCCAGAAGACGACGACCAGUUUGCAAGUCAAGACGGUAUCUGCGCUGCUUCAGAUCUUGGAGGAUGCCAUGCCGAGAAGCCCGGUGCCGGAUCUGAUAGCCCUUCAGAGGCUCUGCAUCACCGCUUACCCCCGUCUUAUCAAUUACGGGGAAGGCUACGAUGACAUCAUUGACGCGAACGGCAGAGAUGGCAACGCACUGCCUCCGGCUGCCAACCUCAAGAUGGAGGAGCAUUAUAAGAAAAUGUACAGCGACGAGACUGAGGUGAAGGUUCUGGUCCAGCAGCUCGAAGAGUACAAGCGGUCGCAAAAUCCCCUGGAUCAGGACAUCUUUGCCUGCAUGAUCCACGGCCUCUUUGACGAGUAUUCGCACUUUGUCGACUACCCCCUCGAAGCUUUGGCAACCACAGCCGUGCUUUUUGGUGGUGUCAUCUCCAAGAAGCUAAUCUCCGAGCUACCCCUCAAGAUUGGUCUCGGCAUGAUUCUGGAGGCAGUGCGCGAUCACCCACCGGACCAUUCUAUGUACAAGUUUGGUCUGCAGGCAUUGAUGCAACUCUUCCCCAGAUUGCGUGAGUGGGCUGGUUUCUGUACACAGCUGUUGGCGAUCCCGGGACUGCAGGGCACAGAAGCCUGGAGGCGUGCCGAAGAUGUGGUUCGAGAAGACGAAGAGGACCGAGUGCGCAACCAGAACGGUUCGGGCUCCGGCGAGCACAAUGCCGCGGACGCUCUCGUCAACGGUGGUGAUGCGCAAGAUACUCUGGUCGCGCCAUUCUCUGCUCUUGGGAUUGAUCCCCCACCGCCAGGCAUCCUGUUCGAGGACCCUGUUGUGGACGUGCAAGACAAAGUGCAGUUUGGCCUCAACAACUUGACAGCGUCUUCACUGCAGUCAACCUUUAAAGAACUCGAAGAGGUUCUUGAAGAACGCCAUCAGCAGUGGUUCGCCAGCCACCUCGUCGAGGAGCGCGCGAAAAUGCAACCCAACUUCCACCAUGUCUACCUCGACUUCCUCAAGCUCUUUGAGCGUCAGAGCCUCUGGGCCGAGGUUCUUCGCCAGACAUACAUCAGUGUGACGAGAAUGCUCAAUUCUGAAAGCACAGCGUCAAGCACGAUGGAAAGAUCCCAUCUCAAGCACUUGGGAGCGUGGCUUGGUCUCUUGACUAUUGCUCGGGACAAGCCUAUUCUCCACCGCAACAUCGCAUUCAAACAGCUUCUCAUCGAGGCUCACGACACGAAACGGCUCGUGGUGGUCAUUCCAUUUGUCUGCAAAGUCCUCAUCCAAGGUGCACGCUCAACCAUCUUCCGACCGCCAAACCCGUGGUUGAUGGCUAUAAUCCAUCUCCUGAUCGAGUUGUACCACGACGGGGAGCUGAAAUUGAACCAAAAGUUUGAGAUUGAAGUCCUCUGCAAGGAUCUCAGCUUAGACCAUAAGAGUAUUGAGCCCUCUCGGGAGCUCGAAGAGCGCGGUCCGGCCGAAGACGCUGCUCAGCUUGGACAACUUGUGGUGCAGGACACCCUUGACCAUUUUGACAGCCUGUCUUUGAACGGGAUGGCAAGCACUGUGCCCACGGGACUUUCGCCACACAACAUUCCUGUGACAAUCCCAGACAUCAGUCACGCUCUGACUUUGCCACCGACCAACGAGAUGGUCGUGAAUCACGCCAGGCUCCACGACAUUGUGCGGACCGCCCUCACUCGUGCUUUGCAGGAGACCAUCCAACCUGUCGUUGAUCGCAGUGUUACUAUCGCUGCAAUCAGCACACAACAGAUGAUCCACAAAGACUUUGCAACAGAGCCUGAUGAGGAUAAGCUGCGACAGUCCGCCAUCAGCAUGGUCAAGGCGACAGCCGGUAGCCUCGCACUCGUCACCUCCAAGGAACCGCUGCGUGCCACCAUUACCAAUGGCAUGCGUAACCUUGCUCGGGAUUUGCCACAGGGGCUGCCGGAAGGUACCAUUAUCAUGUGUGUGAACCUGAACCUGGAUCUUGCCUGUGGCAUCAUUGAGAAGCAGGCGGAAGACCGGGCUGUCCCAGAGAUCGAGGAAAUGAUUGCUGGAGAAGUUGAGGCUCGUCGCCGCCAUCGCCAACAGCAACCCGGCACCCCAUUCAUUGACCCGGGCUUGAGCCGCUGGGCGAUGACCAUCCCUCAUCCAUACAAGCUUACUCCCAACCUUCCGGGUCUGAACCCAGAACAGAUGGCCAUCUACGAGGACUUUGCUCGCCAGCCUAGAGGUACAGCUCAGUCUGGCCCGACCCAUGCAGCAUCAGCAUCGGACGCCACCAGAAGCAUUGCAAACGAGGUACUGCAAGAGUCGUACUCGGCUGUUCCCAGCGUUCCUACCCCGGCCGAAACACCUUCUGUGCCACAUUUGAGCACGCAGUUGCCAUAUGCGCAGCAUGCCGGAUUAACGAACGGUCGGCAGGCUGCUCCGCAGGGCCCGCUUGACAGCAAGGCUCUUGUAGACAAGAUGCAAAAGAUCUUGACUGAGCUUGAGCGCGCUGCGACCGAGUCCACAGAGGAAUCUUUCCCGGACCUGCCCCGCCCUCACCAGGUCAUGGAUGCGGUCGACACUUUUACGCAGCUGAUUAUCAGCCAAGAGUCCGUGGAAUUCGUCGCCUAUGCGGCCGACCGAAUCACAAGUCUUUUGUUCAAUCCCCAGAUCACGCACACUCUGUUCAUUGAAAGCCUCAUCCACAUCCUUGAUCAACUCCUGCAGCUGUCUCACCGCUUGACGGACAGUUACGGUCUUGAUGACAAGGUCAAGCAGAAAGCAGCAUCGCAACCGCCAGCGGGCAUGCUCAAAUUGCCCUUGCUCAAGGCUCUUUUGCCAACCGGCAUCUUGAACUUGCAGAGCAUCGACGAGAUGAUGGCCAGCGCAUUGAGCCAACAAGAAGAAUGGGGUCUGAGUUUCCUCGAGCAGCUGUUCGAUAUCGCUCUGUUCAAUGAGCGCCCCUGUGCCUUGUAUGCCGACUUCCUCCAGAGUCUCUCAGUUUCCUGGGACUUGAUUGCCGAAGACCCGAACUCGGAAGUAUCGCAACGCCUAAAGGCGAAGUUUAUGGGGUCCGGUAUCCCUGCGCCAAUCAGGAGCGAGGGUCAAGAUGGCGACAGAGACCAGCAGGAGCAAGCGGAGUACUUGUUUGAAGAAUGGCUGCACCUCGUCAGCAACCCCCAUUCAACAGACAAAGUCCUUAGUGCCAUGGUCAAUCAGAUGCGCGCGCGUGGCCCGCUCUCCAGCAAGGACGACUUCCUGGUCUUUGUCCGUGUUGCCAUUGACAGUGCUGUCACUGCGUACGAGCACGCGAUGCAUCUGGGCUCAAGCAAUCACGAUGCGUUGGAUGCGGCUGACGGGCUCGUCAAACUUGUCUGCAUAUUUGCCCGGGAGAGUGCACAGACGUCCGAGAACGAUCAAACGACCACCCUCGCGAUCCUUGAUGCCGUCAUGGGCAUUGUGACAGUAGUACUCAAUCAUCACCACCUCGUCCGCGGCGAGAUGUUCUGCCAGCGUGUGUUCCUCCGCAUUUUCACCAUGCUGCUUCACGGCACGGACGGCCUGUUUGCGGAAGCCGCAUCGUCUUCUCGCCAGGAGUUCCUUCUUAGCUUCGCAAAGACGAUGUCGGUGCUGAAUCCCGAGCGGUUCCCUGGGUUCGCGUAUGGCUGGUUGACCUUGGUUGCCCACCGCCGCUUCGCCCCUGAGCUCUUGCUGAUUGAGAACAAACGCGGUUGGGCACCCUUCACCAAGCUAGUUUCCAGUGCUCUCAAGUCUGCUUGUGAGCCGAUGAAGGGUCUUGAGGUGCCGGAGGUUGCCAAGGAGUUCUAUCGUGCCGCCAUCAAACUCGUGCUUAUUAUUCAGCACGACUUCCCCGAGUACAUUGCCUCGAGCUCGUCUGCGCUCUUGGCCAGCGUUCCGCCGCACUGUCGACAGCUCCGCAACGUGCUCAUCAACUGCACCCCUGCGGAGCUCGCCUUGGAGCACACUGAAUCUCAAGAGAGCUCUCUCUCGUAUCUGCGUGACGCCGGCUUGCUUGAGAUUCUCGAACAGGUCUUGCAGGACGGCCCGUCCGAAGAUGCCAUUGCACACUUGACGCACGCGAUCUCGCGCAGUGGAGUGCACGAGACGACAUUUGGCAACGUGCCUCUCAGCACGAACACGAGACUGGUCGACGAGAUUGUUGGCUUUAUUGGCCACCGCGCCGUCAAUCGAUAUCAUCGCGAGUCUCUGCAAUUUUCGCCGGGCUCGCCAGACUACGCCACCAUCUCGCUGCUUGUCCACGAGUUGCAGCCUGAAGCGCGAUAUUUCUUCCUCAGCAGUAUCGUGGACCGACUUGGAUUUCCUGGGCCACUGACUGAAUACUUUACCAUUGUCCUCUUCGAGCUAUUUGGUCGGGAUGCCAAUGAUCUUGAGGAGGCGGACAUCCGCCAACAGAUUGUCCGAAUCCUGCUCGAGCGCGUUUCCGGCUUCUGGCCUCAGCCUCCUGGGCUCGUGAGGGCCGUGCUGGAUCUUAUCCGGGACGACAAGCACAUGUUUUUUGAGCAGCCAUUCAUCAAGGCUGAUCGCGAGACUGCCGAGCAAUUUCUCUCCAUUCGAUCGUAA